GCUUCACUUAUUGGGCAAAGGGGACAGCUUCAUUCCAUUUUCCAAAUAAAGCUAAGAAAUAUUACCACGCAUUAGUAAUAUAACGCGAUGAAUUUUACAGGACAAAUCCUGUUUAUGCUAGUGUUACUAAGCUAGCCAACCCUCCUGAAUUCUACCGUGACUACAACAAAAGAGAUCACCAGGUAAUUCGGAAACGAGCUCGAUGUUUGCAGGCUCUAAACAAACCCGUGUCCUUUCAUGGCCAUGACAUGGUCUGGUGCGUGCGUAUUUGUCUACAAGGUCACGUCAGAAAGGAGGGCCAAGGGUCAAGGUCGGCUCAGUCCAGCCUGCUCGACCAGUCUUCAACACACCGUGCUGUAUUACAGUGUGAGCAUAAGAACGAAAACAUGCCGCUGGCUCACAUCAAGACCAACCUGUCCCAGGACCAGAUCAGCGAUGACUUCAUGAAGGAGACGUCUCAGAUGAUCACAGAGCUCCUUAACGCGGAGGAAGGGAGGGUGGUAAUUCACGUGGAUGCCGGGCAGAGGAUGCUACGGGCGGGCUCCUUUGAUCCCUACAUCCAGUUCGAGAUCGCAGACAUCAAAUCUUUCGACGACGAGGCAGACAAGGAGAAGUACUCCAAGGCUUUCUUCGAUUACCUGUCCGAGAAACUACCUGUGAAGUACGACAGGAUCGUGGUGAUUUUCCACCGGUUGGAGCCAGAAGAUGUCGCAAUAAAGGGUACCCUAAUCUCCACUCUGUUGAAACAAUAGUGUUGCUUAGAGAGCACUAGCCUCCAUAGCAGGCUGUCUGUGGCCCUUUCUUA